UCGGCCUUGCCAACCAUCCUCUCACAGGUCCUCCGAGCAGCGUCCACCAGAGGCUGAAUCAAUGGUCAAGCUACGCGGGGUUUGCCCCACAGGAAGUUACUGGAAAACAGCCUGUUGCAUCAUAGACACUCACAAAAUGCCUUACUUUACAAGACUCAUCCUGUUCUUGUUUUGCCUGAUGGUUCUUGUGGAGAGCCGAAAACCCAGGAGGAAGAGAUGGACAGGGCACCUAGAAAUGUCCAAGCCAAGUCACCCGUACAAAAAGUACCUUGACGUGACCAAAAUCCGAACAGGAAAGCCUCAGCCACUUCUCCGGGUGGAUGACCAUGACUUCACCAUGAGACCAGCCUUUGGAGGCCCUGCCAUCCCGGUGGGUGUGGACGUGCAGGUGGAGAGUCUGGACAGCAUCUCCGAGGUGGACAUGGACUUCACCAUGACUCUAUAUCUGAGACACUACUGGAAGGACGAGAGGCUGGCCUUUCCCAGCACCAGCAACAAGAGUAUGACCUUCGAUGGCCGCCUGGUGAAGAAGAUCUGGGUCCCUGACGUCUUCUUUGUUCACUCCAAAAGGUCGUUCAUCCAUGACACCACCACUGACAACAUCAUGCUGAGGGUGUUUCCGGACGGCCAAGUGCUGUACAGCAUGAGGAUUACUGUCACUGCCAUGUGCAACAUGGACUUCAGCCACUUUCCCCUGGACUCCCAGACCUGCUCGCUGGAGCUGGAGAGCUAUGCAUACACAGAUGAAGAUCUGAUGCUGUAUUGGAAGAACGGGGAUGAAUCCCUGAAAACAGAUGAGAAGAUCUCCUUAUCUCAGUUUUUGAUUCAGAAAUUUCACACAACUUCCAGACUGGCCUUCUACAGCAGUACUGGCUGGUACAACCGUCUGUACAUCAACUUCACGCUGCAUCGCCACAUCUUCUUCUUCUUGCUGCAAACCUAUUUCCCUGCUACCUUGAUGGUCAUGCUGUCCUGGGUGUCCUUCUGGAUUGACCACAGAGCUGUGCCCGCCAGAGUCUCACUGGGCAUCACGACGGUGCUGACCAUGUCCACCAUCAUCACGGGCGUGAACGCCUCCAUGCCCCGUGUGUCCUACAUCAAGGCCGUGGACAUCUACCUCUGGGUGAGCUUCGUGUUCGUGUUCCUCUCGGUGCUGGAGUAUGCGGCUGUCAACUACCUGACCACCGUGCAGGAGCGGAAGGAGCGGAAGCUGCGGGAGAAGUUCCCGUGCAUGUGUGGAAUGCCUCAUUCGAGAACCAUGAUGCUGGAUGGAAGCGGCAGUGAGUCUGAGGCCAACAGCCUGGCUGGGUACCCGCGAAGUCACAUUCUGACAGACGAAAGACAAGAAAAAAUAGUGGUCCACCUGGCCUUGAGCAGUGAAUCCAGCUCCUCCAGGAAGAAGGGGCUUCUCAAGGGCCAGAUGGGGCUUCGUCUCUUCCAGAACACCCAUGCCAUUGACAAAUACUCCAGGUUGAUAUUCCCUGCCUCCUACAUAUUUUUCAACUUAAUAUAUUGGUCAGUAUUUUCCUAGGGGAUCCAAGGCUGUGCAAGCAAAAGGCAUGGACAUCCGUUGGUGGACACAGGGACCUGUUGGCCAUGUUCCCCACACCAGACGGAGCAGCAGCUCCUGGACCACCAUGAGCAGCACCUCCCUCUCAGAGGAGCCGAGGGGCCCUCCCCCAGUCCUCAUCCUAAACUCACGGGUUUUCCCCUUGUUUAUGCUGUGUUCUGUGUCAUGCUUUACUUCUCUGGACAAAGCUGUCUUUUGUUUUUGCAUGUGAAGUUGGUCACAAGAGCCCCCACUUAUUAAAAAAGAGACCCAAAUGCCUCCCAGAGGUUUUGAGACCCUCGUGAAGCCUAGACUUCUGUUGUAGAGGGGACAGAUAAAUGAAGGGCAACCUUAGGGGAAUGUGGGUGGGUAACAGGAAAUCAGAAACAAAAUAAUCUGUGAUCUCAUGUAACUGAACUAAGUGCCUACCUAGGAAAGAAGAACUCAGACAGGAAAUGGUUUGACCUAUGUGAAGCUGGUGACCCACAUGCUUGUAUAAUAUUAGGGGAGAUUAUUAUCCACUCAUUCAACCAAUCAUUACACUUUUACCUACCUUAGUCUUUUCCUCAGAGAACUUCUCUAGAUUGUGCUCAUUUGUCACACUUCAUCACGUACUUGUACCUUUCCCCUCCCCUCCACCCUGCUUACCCCAUGGACCCAUUCUGUUUAUUGGUGCUUUUACUCUAGGUCUGCUUGAAAGUUACUCCCUGCCUCCCAUGAGGUUCUCAUGAAGCCAGCUCAGUGCUUCCUCCCCUGGAAUCUUCAUGUGAGACCAACACAUCUGGGAAGGAUGACAGGGACUUGAGAUUCAGUGACAGCACAGGGUCUUAGGAAGAAGCGAGCACAGGUCUGCUGUGGAAAUCUAUUUUAGGCCCAUCCUUCUUCUGUUUCUGGACUCCUCCCUUCUCCAGCAGAACAGUAUCCUGAGGGAUAAUACUCAUCCUGUGUCCAAGUCCAGCCCCUUACUCUACCCAGAAGAGCCCAUACUUGAAAAUGAUAUUGCCUUCCUUCCACAAGCUAGUGACGUGUCUGUCCCUCUAUCAGAGCUAAGCUCAGGAUUAGCAAGACUAUCUGACUCAUCGAAUCUACACCAAGUUGUGAUGGGCCAUGUCUCUUCACCCUGUUUUAGGAUACUUCUGGCUGACUUAAGUGCAUCUCUAGUUAGUGGAAUUUCACGUGGUACAAAGGACAUGAUUUUUAUAAGGGUGCUCUUCCUUGGAGUCAGGAGGAUGUUCUUGGGGAGUGGGUUCCCUACUCACUGAAGGACAUUGCUCUGUUCUCUCCCUCGUUACUUCACCAACUUCCUUCCAAAGCCUAUAGUUUUGGUCAAGAGUAGAAAAAUAGUCAUCAACAAAGAGGGCAUAAACCAGCCUUAAAUCAAGUUCUAGCCUGUAAAGUCUGCUCCGCAUUCAUGACUCCCAGAAGCAGAGAUUAGUUCCUGAGCACUGGGGUGCACAUGGACACCAUAGCCUCCAGGAGUUUCAAAUCAGGAGCUUGUGGCUACCUGACCCUCCCACCUCUUCACCAUCACUGACCACGCAGUUGUUGUACAAAGUCCUGUUCCUCUGUUGCUUCCCUGGGUCAGUCCUCCACACAUUUCCUGAAACAGGAUUAAGAGACAUGGCCCAUCACAACUAUUUAAGUUUUAAAAAACUGAAAACUCAGUUCCUCCGUUGCACUAACCAUACAUUAGCUCAGUAGUCACAGGGCCUACUGAUGACUGAAUUGGACAGUGCAGAGCUAUAAAAAUUUCUACAAUGGCAGAAAGUUCUGUCAGACAGCACGAGGGCAUGAAGGGAAGAGAACAAGUUAGGAAUUGCUGAGUACGGGGUUUGUGAGGCUCAUCAUCCAUUUUGCCUGGGUCCUAGGUGUGGGGAGAGCAGAGGCCAGCUCUUUCCACAGUGCUGGGACUCAUGGCAGGUCCCCCUCCAUGCCACUGCUAAUGAGCACAACUUCUCCUGCAUGGACUUGUCAGGCCCAAGAUCACCUCCUAGAUGAGCAAAGGAUGAAAGUGUAUAAAGAGGAUAUUUGGAUGGCAUGAGGCAUCUGGGCUUGUUUAAAAACCUUUGAUCUCUAGAGACUUUCCUGGGCCACAAUGCUAUUCAAGGAAUGAUAAUUAUAUUGUGAUUCAAUGUAUUGUGUUGCUUUGGUUGUUUUAUUUAAUUCCAACAUUAUUCCACUUCCAAUUGCACUGUCUUCAUAAACUGUGGCUCAUAUAACAUGGUUGCCUGUUCACAAAACAAAUAAAGAGUAUUUUUGCUAGCUGAUA